AUGUUUUCAAUGGAACUGUGACCUUUCUGCCUUUGGAGGAAAACAGUGAAGGAAAAUACCAAAUUAAAAAGUGCAAUAUUUAUCAAAUUCAACUUACACACAUAAAAGAUGAGGAAUGGUCUGUGUCUGUUGUAGCUCUGUUUCCAGAAGACUGGUUUUCAGAUGGAAUUGCAUACCCCAAAUUAGCAUGGCUUGGAAAUGAACUUUUGUCCAAACUGGCUAAAUGGUCUGUGGAGCAAAAGCCCAGUGAGUUUAAAAGUACGCUCUCGCUCAUUUCUGUAGCAAAAUACAGCAAGGUUUAUCAGGACCUCAAAGAAAAAUACAAAGAGAUGGUAAAGGUCUGGCCUGAAGUGACAAAUCCUGAGAAAUUUGUGUAUGAAGAUGUUGCCAUUGCCACUUACUUGCUGAUUCUUUGGGAAGAAGAGAGAAAGGAGAAGGGUUUGACCAAGAAACAGUCAUUUGUAGAUCUUGGAUGUGGAAAUGGUCUACUGGUUCAUAUUCUAAACAAUGAAGGGCAUUCAGGUAGAGGAAUUGAUGUGAGGAGAAGAAAAAUAUGGGACAUGUAUGGACCAGAAACUCAUUUAGAGGAAUCUACAAUCAUGCCAGGUGACAAUCAUCUCUUCCCAGACACUGACUGGCUGAUAGGAAACCAUUCAGAUGAAUUAACACCAUGGAUACCUGUAAUUGCAGCUAGGUCUUCCUAUUCAUGCUGCUACUUUGUGCUGCCGUGUUGCUUCUUUGAUUUCCAUGGAAAAUACAAUCGAAGACAAAGCAAGAAAACUCAGUACAGAGAAUAUCUUGAUUUUGUUGCCCAGGUGGGAUUUGUAUGCGGCUUUCAAGUGGAAGAAGAUUGCCUGCGAAUUCCAUCAACAAAAAGGGUAAGCCUCAUUGGAAGAAAUAGGACCUACCCACCUACCGAAGGUGCUCUGAUUGACAAGCAGAUAACACAGUUUAUUAACAGUCGUCAGACCUGUGCUAUGGUCACAUGGGACAGAAGAGUUGGAUUUAAUCACGUGGUUCAGUCGGAUGGUGUUUGCCAAGGAGCAGGCUCAGAGCGUUGUGACAGUGAGGCUGAGACUGAUGGCACAGUUUGGAUGCCUGGAUUCCAACCCCGAGGAAGAGUAGAGCAAGUCAGAAACUGUGCUUCCCUCCCCCGGGAUUUUGUGGAUGAUGUGGUUCUCAGUGUGGCAAACUUGCUGCUAAAUGCAGCCCCCCAGAAAUCAUGUUCUGAUACGCAUGGGGGAAAUGUGGAUACUUGGAAUCGAGGAGAAAGCCUUUCCUUGAAAGAAGUAGCAGAACACUUAAAUAAAGAAACUUUAAAAAGGUUAAAGAGUGAAUAUGGAGGCCUGCAGACGCUACUCAAGAACAAUCAUCAAGUAUUUGAAGUUCUAAAUGGGAGAGUUCAUAUUCGUGACUGGAGAAAAGAAAAGCCAUCAAGGACAACGAAGCCCGAAGUGAAACGACGCCUCUCAGAUGAAGCGUUUAAAACACGUCUCUGCUGGUUUUUCAUUCACCAUCCUGAUGGUUGUUCUUUGCCUUCUGAAUCUUGCCCAUAUGCUCAUGGGACUGAGGAGCUAAGGCAGUCUCAGAUUAUUAAAAAGAAAAAACAUUUACAGUAA